UAGAUGGGUGGAGGUCGUGACAACGAGCGAAUUCAGGAGCUGCUGACAGUCGAUGGUUUAGCCGGGGCUUUGGCGCGGACUAGCAUUUCGAGGAGAGUCGAAACUCUCGAUCAAGAACGAACGCGCUGCACGAGUUGUUGCUCUGCGUCUAGGAGUCGAAAGCGCAUCGAGCGAGCCGGUGUUGGAGUUGUGGAGGUUUUGAGGGAUUGUUUUCGUGCAGUGCAAUUGUUGGGACGUGGACGGGAGGGAAAUGAGUGCGAUUGAUUCGGAAAGUCGGCCGUUUCCGUGAAGUGGGAGAGGUGGGGAAAGCUCCGGGAGGCUGGGCGGUUUGCAGAGCUGAGUAUUGAACUGCUGCAGGUUCUUCUUGGACGAAGUUCGGCAUGGGGAGUUCGGACGUUUUGAUGCUCGAAGCGCCUCCGUCCCAAGGGCGGUGGCGGAAUGGGGCUAUGGUUGAUUCGGUCGAUGCUCUGCCCUACAUUGACCACGAUUAUGCUGACGCUCAGCUGAAAGCCGAAGUGGACAAGCUUAUCGAGGAGGAAAUGAGGAACAGUACCAAGAGGCCUGCAGACUUUCUUGCGGAACUUCCACCAGCUCCCGUCUUGGAUUUUGAGAAUUGUCCCAUGCUAGCUAAAGAGUACGAACGAGUUCGCGCAGGGAAACCACCUAUCACGAUCGAUAUGUCGAGAUAUCAGUUAGAGCCACCUCCUGCGAGUAGACGCAAUGAUCCUAAUGCUUGGAAAAACGCAUUACAGAAUGCACAGAGUCAGCUGCAACAUCAGACCAUCAGGUUGGAGAACUUAGAGCUUAUGCUAAAAUAUGGCACUAAUGCCUGGAGGGUUCAUAAUCAGCAUUUGGAAGCCUUCAAUGCAAGGAUACAACAGAUCGUUCGGGAUCACAGUCACGAGAUUGAAGCUCUGAAUCGUGAAAGGAAGUCAAAUCAACUAGCUGCAGCGGCUGAGCUAAGCCUUCUAGAUACUCAAUGGAGGGAGCUAUCACAAAAGAAUCUGGACAUCGAGGCUGCUUGCAUGAAGCUAGAGGUCGAAGUGGAAAGAUUGCGCCAAGAAGCAGACAAUAAAGGGGUGAGCCUGAAUCUUCAAGUUCCACAUAUGUAGAUGCUGUCAGCCAAGAAGGGAAACAGGGCGGCGAUACGGAUACUGAAAGUAAAUGUGUUGAAUCAUCCUAAGAGCGAAAGGCUUCAGGAGGGUGAUGUCAUCAUUUAGUCCAUACAAAGUGACUAUUACCCUGAUACAAAAUGGAACAAAUGCGGGGGUAAGCUUUAUUUUGUCUCCCUCGGAUGUAAUUGAAUCAGGAUCUUAUGAGGUGCUCCAUCAAACAAAGUUGGUGAGACUACGUGGCUAUUCACAAGAUUCCUCAUUAUCAUGUUUAUUCGCACAGCCUUCUCGAAGGAGGUGGCUGAGUUUAUCAAAAUUGUGAGGUUUCCGGUCCACUUUAGGCUGUUUCGAUCUGUGCUGCAGUCAGUUUUUUAAUAGAAAAAACGGUUUUGCCUUUGAAAAAGUCACAAUCCAAGUGCUAUAGCACCGUCGCAGCACCAGCAUCGUAAAAUCUCUGAGGAUUUCGGCCUCUUGUCACGGGGUUCACGAGCAUGUAGGGUUUACUGUCAUGUGUCUGGUCUGAAAUUGGUUUACUUGAGCUCGGAGAAUUUUUAACUUCUUUACUAUCCAGCAAGUUUUUUUUAAAAGUAGGUGAUCUCUUUAAAUUAACUGAAAAUAAUAAUUUUCUCUGCAGUAUAUAAAUUAAUUGAAUGUUUUCACUUUUUUGUUUGUCAUGUGCACGCAAGAAAUAUUUGUAG